AUCAGGGUGAGCUGUGCCUGCGUCCCAGGCACACCCGGACCACCCGUCGCUGACUCGCUGCCUCCCUGCCUGCCUGUCUGCCUCGCUGCCUCCCCCUCCCUGACUCCCUGCCCUGCCUACCUACCUGACUGCCUGCCUCCGCCUGCCGUUCCCUGCCUGCGGCGGCCCCACACGCACACACACACACACACGGUAAGCCACGACUCGUCGCUUCCUCUCCACUCCGGUGCCCCACACGAUGAGCGAGGCACAGACACACAGAUCAGCCUGUUGGCGUAGUCAUUCACACGCACACGCAAGGCGGGGCGGGGCAGGGCGCCCAGAGAAAGAAGGACAGACAGUGGGGAGGGGGAAAAGACCGUCGGUAUGAAUGUGUAUCUGUGGAGGUGUGUGUGUUCCUGGGUGCAGAUGAGCCAGCGAGGCGAGCCAGCGUCUGCCGCCUCCGCUGCUGCUGCUGCCCCUGUUCCGCAGGGGCAGUCCGUAUAUCGGCAGGUCGGCCGAUAUUUGUACGAGGGCGACCGGCUGAUCUACAGGAUCAGCCGGGAGGGCGAGCACGUCCCAUACGCCACCUACGAGGACGGUACGGACGGAACAGGACAGACAGGGGAUGGCAAACCGGCACAGGAAUGUGUGUGUGGAUGUGUAUGUCUUUCUGUAAUGUAGACCCGUUUGCGGCGCUGGUUGGCGAGGACGAGGGAGGAUGGACGCCAGGUACGCAGAGGAUACUCAUGCGAUAUGUUCUGGAACAUCCCCUCUCCGUCUGUUGCUGGAUGAUGUGCUCGUGUCACCCUCACUCAGGACGCCGCACGCCGCCCACGCCCGUCACGCCGCCUGAAAGCCGCCCCAGACUCGCCAGGAGCCCCGCUGACCUGGUACGCGAGAAGCACCAGAUGCGCGCGCGGUUCGGCGCAUGACAAAGCCGUAUGACGUGUCUGUGUAUGGUGUGUGGUCAUCAGGAGAGAUGGCGGCUGGCAGAUGAGGUUCGCAUAAACAAGAGAGGAGUCGUUGGUGGGGGCAUCUGUGAACUGUGGUGUGUCCCUGUCUGUGUGUGUGGUCAGCGGCUGGCGCGAGAGGAAGCCCGCCAGCGCGAGAGACAGCUGCAGGUACGGAGCUGAGAGGAUGGGUGUGGGUGGUCAGGGAUUUGUCUCUUUUGUGUGUCUUUUGUGUGCUCAGCCCGCCGCAGCAGCACGAGGAGGUGGGCCAUCUCGCCCAUUCGCGGCCACGCCCACCACGAUGCACACACAGGUGGCAAGUGAAUGGGGUGCAGAAGUGGGUGCAUAGGGCGUUUGUGAUGUGUGCGCUUGUGUGCAUGUUGUUCAGGGUGCAGGGGCUCGCCAGCCACUCGCCCAUCCACGGAUGCACUGCCCCCCGAUGGCCGCCUAUGCCCACUUCGUACGAAACGACUAAUUGAGGGCAUAUAAAGGCGCUCAUAUCGUGUUUUUCUUGUCUGUCAGCAGAUGCAUCCCAUGGCCCGCACACAGCACACACGAGUGGUACGACAAGACGCAUACGAUUCCGCUCACACGUACGUGUAUGUGUGUUUCCUUGAGCAGCCCAUUCACCGUGUUCCCAGCCCGGAGGACGACUGCUGCUGGUUGUGUUCGUGCUGCCGCUGGCUGGCGGCAUCCCUCUGUGGACCACAAUCAGAUAACAGUGAGCGCCCUGAGUGACUCACCGGCCAUAGCAUGCACCACGUGCAUCGGUUUGCGUCGUUCUCUGUUGGUCUCCGUGUGUGUAGGAGCCUACAGCAAGAAGAAGAGCUGCUGCUGCUGAACACGGGAUAGGGGGCGGGGGAGAGAG